GGAAUGGGUGGCUUUGGUGGCCCUGGUAGAGGUGGCCCCGGCAUCCAACCAGUGCAGGUUGACUCAACCCUCCUGCACCCGGUCCAUGUCGAGAUCGAUCCCCAUAUCCAGCAAGUCAAAAACCAGGAGAAGGAGCAGAUCAAGACUCUUAACAAUCAGUUUGCCUCCUUCAUUGACAAGGUCCGCUUCUUAGAGCAACAGAACAAGGUCCUCUCCACCAAGUGGGAGCUCCUCCAGCAGCAAGGGCCUACGGGGCCGAAGAAGAACCUCGACGUCCUCUUUGAGAAUUACAUCCAGGCGCUGAAGAGGCAGCUGGACGCGGUCUUGUCUCAGCGGGGACAGCUGGAGUCAGAGCUGCAGAACAUGCAGCAAUAUGUGGAGGAUUACAAAACCAAGUAUGAGGAAGAGAUCAACAGGCGCACAAGUGCUGAGAACGAGUUUGUGGUGCUCAAGAAGGAUGUGGACAGUGCCUACAUGACUAAAGUAGAGCUGGAAGCCAAGGUGGGAGCUCUGACUGACCAAAUCAACUUCCUGCGGUGCAUGUACGAGGAGGAACUGGCUCAGAUGCAGACCAUCAGCCGGGACCUGUCCGUGGUGGUGUCCAUGGACAACAACCGUCACCUGGAUCUGGACAGCAUCAUCGAGGAGGUCAGGUGCCAGUAUGAGCAGAUCGCACAGAACAGCCGGGCUGAGGCUGAGGCUUGGUACCAGAGCCAGUACGAGCAGCUGCAGAGCACUGCUGGAAGGCACGGGGAUGACCUCCGCAACACCAAGAUGGAGAUCCAAGAGCUGACCAGGAACAUCCAGAGGCUGCGAGCUGAGAUUGAGAACGUGAAGAAACAGGUAAGCCAGCUGCAGUCAGCUAUUGCUGAGGCUGAGGAGCGGGGUGAGAUGGCCCUCAAGGACGCCAGGUUGAAACUGGAAGAGCUGGAAAGUGCCCUGCAGAAAGACAAGGAGGAGCUGGCUCGCUUGCUGAAGGAGUACCAGCAGGUGCUGAAUGUCAAGAUCGCCCUGGACGUUGAGAUUGCCAUGUACAGGAAGCUGCUGGAGGGAGAGGAGAACAGGCUGUGCAACGACAACAUGUCCAACGUCAAUGUCUGUAAGUAUCUGCAUUUGUUUCCUUCAGAAGUAGUAGCACCCCUGGAGAAAGAGCCUGAAAGUGGUCAACGG